AUGGUUCUCCUGUCACUUUGGUUGGUAGCAGCCGCUCUGGUACAGGUUAGGACUUCAGCUGAUGGACAAGCUGGUAAUGAAGAAAUGGUGCAAAUAGAUUCACCAAUAAAGAGACACAAAGAGUAUGAGCUGGUGACUCCAGUCAGCACAAAUCUAGAAGGACACUAUCUCUCUCAUAUUCUUUCUGCAAAUCACAAAAAGAGGUCAACAAGGGAUGUGUCUUCCAACUCUGAGCAAUUGUUCUUUAAUAUCACGGCAUUUGGAAGAGAUUUUCAUCUGCGACUAAAGCCCAACACUCAGCUCAUAGCUCCUGGGGCUGUUGUGGAAUGGCAAGAAACCUCUCCAGUGCCUGGGAAUAUAACCGACCCAGUUAAUGAUCAUCAACCAGGAAGUGCUUCUGAAAGAAUCUGGAAAACAGAGCCUUUGCAUACUAACUGUGCUUAUGUGGGUGACAUCAUGGACAUUCCAGGAACCUCUGUUGCCAUUAACAACUGUGAUGGUCUGGCUGGAAUGAUAAAAAGUCAUGAUGAUGAGUAUUUCAUUGAACCCUUGGAGAGAGGUAAGCAGAUGGAGGAAGAAAAGGGAAGGAUCCAUGUUGUCUACAAGAGAUCAGCAGUAGAACGGGCUCCCGUAGACAUGUCCAAAGACUUCUACUACAGAGAGUCGGCGCUGGAAGGCCUUGAAGAUCUAGGUACUGUUUACCACCAUGUUGACCGGCAGCUGAACCAAACAAUCAGGCGCCGCAGACAUGCGGGAGACAAUGAUUACAACAUUGAAGUGCUGCUGGGAGUGGAUGACUCUGUGGUCCGUUUCCAUGGCAAAGAGCACGUCCAAAACUACCUCCUCACCCUGAUGAACAUUGUGAAUGAAAUUUACCAUGAUGAGUCCCUCGGAAUACAUAUAAAUGUGGUCCUGGUGCGCAUGAUCAUGCUAGGUUAUGCAAAGUCCAUCAGCCUUAUCGAAAGGGGAAAUCCAUCCAGAAGCUUGGAGAAUGUGUGUCGCUGGGCUUGCCAACAACAAAAAUCGGAUCCCAACCACUCUGAACACCAUGACCAUGCAAUUUUCUUAACCAGGCAAGACUUUGGACCUGCUGGAAUGCAAGGAUAUGCUCCAGUCACAGGCAUGUGUCAUCCAGUGAGAAGCUGUACCCUGAAUCAUGAGGAUGGUUUUUCAUCUGCUUUUGUAGUAGCCCAUGAAACCGGCCAUGUGCUGGGAAUGGAGCAUGAUGGACAAGGCAAUAGGUGCGGCGAUGAGACUGCGAUGGGAAGCGUCAUGGCUCCCUUGGUGCAAGCGGCGUUUCAUCGUUACCACUGGUCCCGAUGCAGCGGCCAAGAACUGAAAAGAUACAUCCAUUCCUAUGACUGUCUCCUUGAUGACCCAUUUGAACAUGAUUGGCCCAAACUCCCAGAACUUCCUGGAAUCAAUUAUUCUAUGGAUGAACAAUGUCGUUUUGACUUCGGGGUUGGUUAUAAAAUGUGCACUGCGUUCCGAACCUUUGACCCAUGUAAACAGCUGUGGUGUAGCCAUCCUGAUAACCCCUACUUUUGUAAGACUAAAAAGGGACCCCCACUUGAUGGGACUGAAUGUGCUGCUGGAAAAUGGUGCUACAAGGGCCAUUGCAUGUGGAAGAAUGCUAACCAACAAAAACAAGAUGGCAAUUGGGGGUCAUGGACCAAAUUUGGCUCCUGUUCCAGGACGUGUGGAACUGGUGUUCGUUUCAGAACACGUCAGUGCAACAAUCCAAUGCCCAUCAAUGGUGGUCAGGAUUGCCCGGGUGUUAAUUUUGAGUACCAGCUUUGUAAUACAGAUGAAUGCCCAAAGCACUUUGAAGACUUCAGAGCACAGCAGUGCCAGCAGCGUAACUCCCACUUUGAAUACCAGAACACCAAACACCACUGGAUGCCCUAUGAACAUCCUGACUCCAAGAAAAGAUGCCACCUUUACUGUCAAUCCAAAGAGACAGGCGACGUUGCCUACAUGAAGCAGCUGGUGCAUGAUGGGACGCGCUGCUCUUACAAAGACCCCUACAGCAUAUGUGUGCGGGGAGAGUGUGUGAAAGUGGGCUGUGAUAAAGAAAUUGGUUCUAACAAGGUUGAGGAUAAGUGUGGUGUCUGUGGAGGAGAUAACUCUCAUUGUCGAACUGUGAAGGGGACGUUUACCAGAACUCCCAGGAAACUUGGGUACCUUAAGAUGUUUGAUAUACCCCCUGGUGCUAGACAUGUGUUAAUCCAAGAAGACGAGGCUUCUCCUCAUAUUCUUGCUAUUAAGAACCAGGCUACAGGCCACUAUAUUUUAAAUGGCAAAGGAGAAGAAGCCAAGUCACGGACCUUCAUUGAUCUUGGUGUCGAAUGGGAUUAUAACAUUGAAGAUGACAUUGAAACUCUUCACACAGAUGGACCUCUGCAUGAUCCUGUUAUUGUUUUGAUUAUACCUCAGGAAAAUGACACCCGCUCUAGCCUCACAUAUAAGUACAUCAUCCAUGAAGACUCUGCACCUACAAUCAACAACAACAAUGUCAUCCAGGAAGAAUUAGACACUUUUGAGUGGGCUUUAAAGAGCUGGUCUCAGUGCUCCAAACCCUGUGGUGGAGGUUUCCAGUACACUAAAUACGGAUGCCGUAGGAAAAGUGACAAUAAAAUGGUUCAUCGAAGCUUCUGUGAAGUCAACAAAAAGCCGAAACCUAUUAGAAGAAUGUGCAAUAUUCAAGAGUGUACACAUCCACUCUGGAUAGCAGAAGAGUGGGAGCAUUGCACCAAAACCUGUGGGAGUUCCGGCUACCAGCUUCGCACCGUGCGCUGCCUUCAGCCCCUCCAUGACGGCACCAACCGCUCUGUGCACAGCAAGUACUGUGUGGGAGACCGCCCCGAGGGCCGCCGGCCUUGUAACAGAGUGCCCUGCCCAGCUCAGUGGAAAACCGGGCCCUGGAGUGAGUGCUCCGUGACCUGCGGUGAAGGGACGGAGGUGAGGCAGGUGCUCUGCAGGGCUGGAGACCACUGCGACGGGGACAAGCCCGAGGCCGCCAGAGCCUGUCAGCUGCCUCCCUGUAACGAUGAGCCAUGUUUGGGAGAUAAAUCCAUAUUCUGUCAAAUGGAGGUGCUGGCGCGGUACUGCUCUAUCCCAGGGUAUAACAAGCUAUGCUGUGAGUCCUGCAGCAAACGCAGCAGCACCUUGCCCCCGCCCUUCCUUCCUGAAGCUGCUGAAACUCGUGAUGAAGUUAUCUUUCACCCCAGUGACCUCCCAGUGUCCCUAGUGAUGCCUACAUCUUUGGUUCCUUACUAUUCAGAGACUCCUGCUGAGAGGAAGAAAUCUUUGAGUAGGAUCUCUUCCAUGGGAGGUCCAAAUGCAUAUGCUGCUUUCAGGCCAAACAGUAAACCCGAUGGUGCUAACUUACCCCAGAGGAGAGCUCAGCGAGCAGGAAAUAAGACUGUGCGACAGGUCUCCCCUGCCACCAGGGGUGGCCACCUCACUUCAUCCUCACAAACAGCUGCUGCCCCCUUCCUUGCAGUACAUGAUUCAACAGGUGCUUCUUCUCAGGCAAGAACCUCAAAGAAAGAGGAAAAGAUUCAUGACAACAGACAGCCGCUAAGGUCGGCCACCUUGGAGAGAUGA